CACCUCCCACCAACUGCACGUCCAAACAAACCAACAGCUGUACUCCAAUCACCAGUAGCCGUUCGCAAUUUCCUUCCCAGGACCCAAUCCAGUCGUAUCGACCGCCGACUUGACUUUUUUUCGCACAAGAUGACAGGCCGUGGAGGUGGUGGGCGCAAGGUCCUACUACCGCCUAUCAACUUCAUCUUCAAGCUCCUACAGACUCACGCGCCCGUCAAGAUCUGGCUAUACGAGCAGUUGUCAAUUCGCAUCGAGGGAAAGAUCAGGGGUUUCGACGAGUUUAUGAACCUGGUUAUAGACGAUGCGGUCGAGGUCAAGCAAGUCACCAAGACAAAUCCCGAGGAGAAGAGAAGAGAGCUGGGACAAAUUCUAUUAAAGGGCGACAACGUGUCCUUGAUUCAAGAAGUCAAAUAAGACAAAAGAUAACUCAAGACGACGCAUAUCCCUCAUAACAAAAGAAGGUUUUCUCACGCCGUGCUAUAUCGGGACGGCAUAG